AUGGCGGCCGCCGCGCUAUGCGACGGCGAUGUCAAGAUGGUCAUCUGGGAUCUGGAUGGCACACUGUGGCGCGGCACGCUCGACGAGGCCGACGCUGACGAUGACCUUGCCGACGGCUCUCUCGCGCCGCUCAUUCGUCUGCUCGCUCAGCGAGGCAUCGUGUCGUCGGUCUGCUCGUUCAACGACGAGGAGCGCGCUUGUGCGGCGCUGCAGCGGCUCGGCGUGUGGGAACUCAUCGUCUUUCCCGCAAUCUCGUUCGACUCGGCCUUCUCCAAGCCCGCCGCCAUCCGCGCCACGCUCUCCGCGGCCGGGCUGUCUCCCGCCAACGCGCUCUUCUGCGACGACGAGCCGCGGCACCGUGCGGCAGCCGCCGCCGCGCUGCCCGGCCUGCUGACGUGCGCUCCUUCGCUCCUCCCGCCAGAGUCGGCCCUGAGACGGUGCGGCAGCGCCGACCCGGGCUGCUCCCGGCUGCAAAAGUACCGCCUGCUCGAGGCGCGGCGGCGGGCAGAGGCGGCGGCCGUGUCGCAGGCCGGGGCGGGUGACGCCGCUGCGCAGCGAUUCCUCGACAGCUGCGAGGUGGUUGACCUCGACCGGCUCGUGGCGCUGACGCAGCGGACGAACCGGCUCAACUACACGCGGCGGAGGCGAGGCUGCCGCUGGGGGCGGACCACCCUGCACCUUCCCGGAGCCUGCACGGAGCCUUCCGUAGCAUGCCCGCAGGCGGGGCUGGUGUACGUGUCGGACAGGUUCGGAGAGCACGGCCUGGCGGGACUCGUGGCCGUCCGGCGCGGCGCGCUGCGCCACUUUCUUUUUUCGUGCCGCCUGCUCGGGCUCCACGUCGAGGACGCCUGA